AGGUGUAGUGAGCUGUCGCACUAAAAACUCUGUAGUUAAUUUAGUGAGCUCACUAUUACAUGCUCAGUAGCUCAGUAGCUCAGUAAAUUAGUGACUCAGUAACUGACUGGGAGCUCAGUAAAUUAGUGAAUCACUAGCGUAGUUUCUCAGUAGCACAUACCAUACUCAAUUAGUAGUCAGUAUCACUAUCACUAUGCAUAUCAGUAGCUUAGUCGUGGUGGUACUAUCGUUACUCACAGGAGCCAUGGCUUCCCCUGGAGAUGACCUCUGGGCCACUAUCGAUUGUAAGUACCAAUGUGAACAAAUUUCCUGUGAAAAUAAUCGUCACUAUUAUCGUAUCCAUCCCGACCGAUACUAUAAUCCUAGUUGGAGAUUUACUGAGGGUCCAUUACCAAAAUAUCUUGAAUGGUUAGCAUGGGAUUGUUAUUCGAAUUGUGAUUAUCAAUGUCAACGUAUAAUUACUGAGGAAAGACGUAAUAAUCAUGAAGAAAUAUAUCAAUUCCAUGGGAAAUGGCCAUUUGUGCGAGUAGCUGGUAUUCAAGAAGUUACAUCAGUAAUUUUCUCCUUAGGCAACCUUGUGGUCCAUGGAUUGGGGUUAAAAAAGAUUUGGCAUAAAUGGAAUUCUAUUCCUAAUGGUCCUGCUCAUGAUCGAUUAAAAUCUCAGUAUAUUAAUCUUAUAUUAAUGACUUUAGUAUCUAUGGGUGCUUGGAUAUUUUCAACUAUCUUUCAUAUAAGAGAUUUAGAUAUUACUGAAAAGUUGGAUUAUUAUUGUGCUGGUUUAACUGUACUUAUGGGAUUUCAUACUUUAGGUGCUAGAUUUGGAGAAUUAUAUCUUGAAUCUAAUGCUAAUUAUAGAUAUGCCUUUUCUGCCAUUUGUGCUGUAAGUUAUGCUGGUCAUAUUGCUCGUUUAGUUAUUGAUUGGUCUUAUACAUAUAAUAUGAGAGCUAAUAUAUUUAUUGGUAUACUUCAAAACAUUUGUCUUGUGGGUAUUUGUUACUAUAUCUAUUCCCAUUAUUACUAUCUUGAACAAGAUAAUAAAUCCACUCAGAAUCAUUUGAAGUAUAUUGAUUUCAGAGCCAUUAUUUUACCAUCAUUCUUCUCUCGAUCUCCUAAAUUAUAUUCAUUAUAUCCAUUAAUGUUAGGAAUCAUAGUUAUACUUGGAAUGUCACUUGAAAUCUUUGAUUUCCCUCCUAUAUUCUAUGAUCUUGUGGAUGCUCAUUCCUUAUGGCAUUUAGUAACUAUCUUUCCUGCGUAUUUCGGCUGGUAUGAUUGGAUGCUUUGGGAUAUUCAUGAAAAUGUAUGGCCUCAUAUCCAACAAGUGGAAUUACUAAAUGUUAAAAAGAAUGAAUAGUGUAAUAUAUCUAGAUCUAUAUUUAUAUAUUUAUUUACUUAUA